AUGCGAUCGAGCUGGAUGAAAUUGUUUCGAAUUUCGCUCUAUAGUGCGGAUGCGGGGAUUGCGGAGCGGAGAGGAUGGAGAAUGGAAUGUACGCAGGAGGAAGAGGAAGAGGAAGAGGAAGAGGAAGAGGAAGAGGAAGAGGAAGAGGAAGAGGAAGAGGAAGAGGAAGAGGAAGAGGAAGAGGAAGAGGAAGAGGAAGAGGAAGAGGAAGAGGAAGAGGAAGAGGAAGAGGAAGAGGAAGAGGAAGAGGAAAGAGGAAGAGGAAGAGGAAGAGGAAGAGGAAGAGGAAGAGGAAGAGGAAGAGGAAGAGGAAGGAAGAGGAAGAGGAAGAGGAAGAGAAGAGGAAGAGGAAGAGGAAGAGGAAGAGGAAGAGGAAGAGGAAGAGGAAGAUGGGAAGAUAGGAAGCAAGCUAGCAGCAAGAAUAAUAACUAG